GUUAAGUACACUCUGUUCCUCUAGCCCUCUUGCACUAUGAACAUGGACUCCUCCCUGGCAGCAAAAGCUGCCGUCAGGAAGCAGUCUAGCCAGACAGCCUCGGCUAACGAGAUUGUCCCGCAUGCGGCGUCUUUGGCCCGCGCCAAAAAGGCCAACCCACAGCCUAUCCUUAAAAACUCGCAUCCUCGCAAGAGCGAUGGCUCGGCCAGCAGCGUGUCAUCCGUGCGAUCAAAACAGAAUCCGGUGCCCUCCUCUGCAGACUGGGUGAAAAGACCAUCAACCCCUGGUAAGCAUGCCUCGCGCACGACUUGGGAUUCGGUGAACAGCAACAGCUCGUCUGCAGCGCUCGCUGCUGCCUCUGUCGUCGCCAAGUCAAAGCCAUCGCUAAUGGUGUCAACGAGCCAGCCAAAACUGUCCACUACUCCCGAGAAUCUGUCUUCACCAUCCAUUAGACCUCUCCCUGUGAGUCUCUCGUCACAUUCCAUUUCCAACCUAAAAUCGCCCAAUUUCGGCACAGCCAAGCUACCGAGUGCCAACGACCCCAUUCCGCCGCAUCCAGACUUUUACACCGAUCCGCUUUCUAAAAGUCCGUACUACAAUUCCUCGCCCAACCGCUCUGCCAAGUCGUCAGUGCAUAGCUUGAGUUCCUCUUUGAAAGAUGACAUCAAGCUGCUAUCGCCGCCGCCCAAGGUCUCUCAUGACGGGUCUAUCAGCACAUCCAACUCGUACUCUUCCCUCUCAUUGCCCAUGAUCUCCGAGGACGAGGAUUACCUUUAUAAAGACGCCCCCGAAGAACCGUCAUCUGGCUACAGCAACUUGGACCUCAGCUACGACUUCCCGAAACAUGCCCUUAAUCAGCUACCCGAACCGGCUACAAUAGCCGAUUAUUAUGAUCAGAACCCUUCAGACAACGAGAAAUUUGACACGAAACGCCCGCUCUCCAGAAAGCCACCUCCAGCGGUUGAAGUGAAUGAGAGCACCUCUCUCUUAAAAGAGCCAGCCUCAGCAGAGCCUGCUAUUGACGAUAUGCCCGCCAGUGGGGACGAAGCGCUGCCCCAGUAUCCUGUGUCCCCCGUCGCUGAGUACAGGUUGCCUCACCAUCACCACGGACUGGUGAGAGGGGCGCAUGGCAAAAAAUUCCAGCGUAUGCUGGGCUUACAACGACACGACUCGAGCCAAUCGACCUACCCCAUACCUGCUGAGCAGGACCAGCAUUUGAAGUUCAAGACGACGCUUCGGAAGGAGAAACAUACGAAAAAGGGUUUCAACGAGACAAAACCAUGGAAGCAUCACAAUGAUGCUAAUUACGUGACCGAGGAGGAGAAAAAACGGUACGAAGGAGUCUGGGCAGCCAACAAGGGAUCCUACGUGGAUGACAGAGAGGAAAGCAUUGUGGCAGACGCCGGUCAACGGAUCCAUGGACUAGUUGUGAGAGAACUUUGGCGCAGGUCGAGACUGAGCGACGAGACUUUGGAGCGGAUCUGGGACCUUCUGAUUGAACACCGCAAGAAAGAGUACUUUGCACGCCAACAAGACCAGGACGAUCAGCACGACGAUCUGGAGUUUGACGACGGCACGCUGACGAAGGAAGAAUUCAUCCUAGGAACAUGGCUUGUCGACCAGUGUCUGUACGGGCGCAAACUGCCACCCACUAUACAUGACGAGCUGUGGAACAGUGUGGAGACGCGCGCGUCUGUGAUUGUGAAGCCGAAAAAAGGCAAUAGCAGACGCAAAAGAGAAAAAAUGCUGAAAAAAGUCGGUAUGGCAUGAAGGCCGGAGACAAUUCGGAGACUGACUGCUUCUCGAAAUUUCCGAGCCAGAAAUAUAAGAAUAAUUUGGCCAGCACUGGCGUUGCCUGAAAUUAUUGUCAUGUCUAAUCUUCUCAAGCUCAACUCAAUCAAGCCAUUGUUCGACCGUGUCCUCGUCCAGAGAGCCAAGGCUGCCUCGAAGACCGCAUCAGGUAUAUACAUACCUGAGAAGAAUCAGGACAAGCUGGCAUUCGGUACAGUUGUCGCAAACGGACCAGGCAUCAAAAACGACAAGGGUGAGCUUGUACCAACCAUCGUGAAGAAAGGCGAUAAGGUGUUAUUGCCAAGCUUCGGUGGAUCCCCGGUCAAGAUUGAUGGAGAGGAAUAUUUAUUGUUCAGUGACAAGGAGAUUCUUGCGAAGAUCGACGAGUAGCUGAUGUAGAGUGUACAUAGACAAAUUUACCAUCCCAU